AUGGCAGCUACAAUUAUACCUACACCUACAGCCGUGGAUCCUACAUGCCUGUUCCUGGGAGACCUUCUACGCGCCUACGAUCGUCUUGAUCGCCCACAUUGCUCGUUCACGGCGCAAUAUCCACGUCUCUCCGAGACAACAGAUUCCCCAUCUCUCUCUGUUAAAAAGAGUCGAGAAGCUCUCCGAGCAGCUAGCUACCAAGGAGAUUUCGAAGACUCCAGGCUGAGAGAAGAGACGUGGCUGGCUACCUCUCCCAAAGACGUCUCCACAAAUUUCGAAGCACGUGUCGCAGACGACAAGGAGGAUUGGGAAUGGAGACUUGCGCACGCCGAUCGUAAGACCGCUACGGCCAAGCGGGCGGAAUCCGCAAAGGAUAACGCGGAAGGCUCGACGCGUUCGCGAGCUCGAGUCGGAGAUUUGGACGCCAGGAAAUAUUUUAGGGCGUAUACCGAGGAUGGCAUCCCGAGAUGGUACCUACUUGCCCCGUCACCAGGAGGAGCUGCUUAG